AUGCUGCUGCGCCGCCAGCCCUACCAGUACCUGCACUACGCGCUCUUCAAGUCAAACAAGAUCGAGAAAGCUGUGUCUGCUGCCCACACCUUCCUGCAGAAGAACCCCAAGCAUGAGAUGACCUUGAGGUACCUGAACUACUACAGGACUAUGCUGGAUGUGGAUGAGUACCUGGUGGACCUGGAAGCUCAGCCCUAUGAGCCGAUAUUUGUGCGGGCAGUGAAGCUGUACAACAGUGGGGAUUUCAGGAGCAGUGCAGCCGACAUGGAGCAGGCUCUGGCUGAGUACUACAAGGCCUACGAGGAUUGUCUGGCCGGCUGUGAGGGCGCCUACGAGCUCCAGGAGUUCAAGGAUUUCUACCCUGCCAUUGCAGACCACUUUGUGAGCGUGCUGCAGUGCAAGGUGGACUGCGAGACCGAGCUCACCCCCAACGUGGGCGGCUACUUCGUGGAGAAAUUCGUGGCCACCAUGUACCACUACCUGCAAUUCGCUUACUACAAGCUGAACGAUGUGCAGGACGCGGUGCGCAGUGUCGCCAGCUACAUGCUCUUCGACCCGGGGGACACGGUGAUGCAGCAGAACCUGGUCUAUUACCGCUUCCACCGCGAGCGCUGGCGCCUGCGCGAGGAAGACUUCGAGCCACGGCCGGAAGCCGUGAGGUACCACAACCAGACGGCGGCUCAGAAGAAGAUGCUGGAGUUCGCCCGGCAGUACCUGCAGGAUGAUGAUGAUGAGAUGGAGGUGGAUGGUGCUGAGGGGCCGGAGGUGCUGGAGCUGCCCUCUGAUAGCGAGUUCGAGGGUGAAGGUGACUACGAGGAGGGAUUCUUCUCAGAGUGGUGGCAGGAACCCAAGACCAAAGGAGACAAAGACGAGCAAGAGAUCCUAUGAUGAGCCGGGUGAAGGGGGAGCCAGCACCAGCUGAGCUGGACGGUGGUGGCUCUGCGAUGCCAUCUUGGGGACAUCGGGCUCCUCCCAGCCACCGGUAGAAACUCAGACUCAUGGGGAGGGGCCAGUCCUGCCCAGCAUCCUGCAGCAGGGCUGCCUUUGCCACCGGGAUGUGUGCUGGCACAGCCCAGUUCCCAUCAGAGGAACACCAGCAGCCCUGAACAUCCCUGCCUGCCCAGGAGCCUGGGCCACCCCUGUCCCCGGUGCCCCAGGAGUCCUGAACCAGCAGUGAUGCCCCACAGCAUGGGGAUGGAUUUCUGUGUCCCUCAGCUGCUCCCCAGGAGCUGUGGGUGAUGCACCAGGAUCCACCCCUGUGUUGUCCUGAGGGGCUUGGGGGGCUACCCCUACUUUGGGAGCAAUGCACAAUGCUGGAGCUGCUCCUGCCCCUUCCUGAGGCUCCUGCUCCUGUUCCGCCAGCCUCCCAGGCAAUCUGCCAGCCCCCCUUGGACUCCCCAGCCUGGUGCUACAGGGGGCUCCUUGUGUGUCACCUCCCUGUGUCACCACAGGGUGAGGCUGUGGCACCCAUGCCCUGCCUGUGCCUUGAAUUUUUGCCACACCAGCCCUCCCUAGCCUUAAGCUCCGUUAAUUUAAGAUUUCCCCUCUUGCACAGUUGCUCUUUUUAUAUAUUUACUGGUGCUGAACUUUUAAUAAAACCCAGACUGGUCUUUUCAA